GCGGCUGCCAUCUCGAGAAUCAGAGGAUGCGUCUGAUGCCGCCUCUCGCUGCUUUACCGGUAACUCGAAUGAGGAACUCGUCCCUGUGCCUCGUCCUAAAGCCUUUGCGCCGAAAUCAGCACCACUUGACUUCCUUCAGUUUUCUCGUGACAACCUUGCUUUACAUUUUGUUGUUCUUCAGUCAGCAGCAGCAGCAGAACGGUUCUCAGUCUCAGGUGAGCCAAUGUCAUCAAUACAGCAGCAGUAGCAAACACUCUUGGACAGCAGGAUCCAACAACACGGCCGGUUUCCCAGUCUCGGCUGCUGAUAAAAACAGCAGCAGCAGCGAGGUGCUGAGACUCAGCCGCCCGUUUCUCAAUUACCUCGUCGGCAAUUUGCACAACAGCAAUUUCCCAGGGGCCCGCAAUUACUCCGAGUACCAUUUGAUCCAGCAUCCGCAACGAUUCCAGAUUUUGCCCAGCAGCGUCCAGCCGCUGCGAGCCGAUUUCGGGCCAGUGGUCAACGACGUCACAUCCUUUGGCUACCCGAUCGAAAUUGCGCCAUGUCGAAAUGCAACCACCAGCAGCAAAGCCAGCAAUAACGGCAGAAGCAUUGGUCUCUUUUUGGCCGUCAUCUCCGCGCCGAGCUACUUUAACAAACGAGACGUCAUCCGCAAAACGUGGCUGAGUCAAUUGGCCCAGUUGAAUAAUGCUGGUGACACAGCUGCACCCGCCGCCGUCAAACUGGUGGGCCACGGCUUCAUCGUUGGACUGACCGAGGACGAGGACAUCAAAAAGAGGAUAGAGGAAGAAAGCGCCACCCACGGCGACAUUUUACAGGUGGACGUGAUGGACACAUACCCCAAUUUGACCCGCAAAGUGACCGCGGUAUUGAACUGGAUCAACAGUCGUUGCUCGCGGGCGGAAUUCGUCCUCAAGGUGGACGACGACGUCUACGUCAACACGCACAACUUGAUUUCGGUCGUCAGGAGUUUGAAUUCGUCCCACCUGUCCAUUGUUGGUUCGUCUGCAGACGGCAUAGUUCGCAGAGACGGUAAAUUCGCAGUCAGCGUGGACGACUGGCCGUGGAAGAAUUACCCACCGUAUUCCAUGGGGGCGUUUCUACUCAUGUCUGGAUGCGUCAUCCAACCGCUGCUGGCCGCCGCCCAAACGACGCCUUACUUCCCCUUUGAAGACACCUACAUUGGCCUGUGCGCCGACAAAGCCCGCGUCAAAAUGCGCUUCUCCCCCAGGGCGCUGGGCGAGGUCAUGACCAACAAGCCUCAGCCGUGUUACAUUCACAAUUCCAUUUCAUGGCUGACGCAAUCGGUUAAGGUCGCCUACCUGUCGCACCACGCUACCGAGGAAUUUUACCGCAAUGUGACUCGCUGCAAGAAAUUGAUCCUUGCUCCUAUCAAGACACCCCGCAAAUUCGAUUUCACGUGAGCCAUUUCAAUCCAUUACACACAUUUAAUAGCCUACAUAAUAUACAAGACAUUAGGGCUAUGACUUGGCAGCUGAUGAUGUGGUAUUUUAAGAUUGCAAUACAAAUCUUCCCUGCGAAA